UCACUCAUUUCUCUACAUAUAGGGCUAUAGGGAGCUCACUAUCUAUCCACAAAACAGAAUCAUCCCAAACAAACAUCUAGUAUCUUCAAUAAAAUCAAAUCAGCCGUAGAAAAAUGGCAGAUACUAUGGCACCGAUGGGAGAUGAGGUGAAGAAAACUGAGACGCCUAGUUUGGUCGGGACGCUUGAGACAGACGUGGAGAUCAAAGCUUCGGCUGGACAAUUCCAUCACAUGUUCGCAGGGAGACCACACCAUGUCUCCAAAGCAUCUCCAGGAAACAUUCAAGGCUGUGAUCUUCAUGAAGGUGACUGGGGCAAAGUCGGCUCUAUCGUCUAUUGGAACUACGUUCAUGAUGGGGAGGCAAAAGUGGCAAAGGAGAGGAUCGAGGCGGUGGAGCCGGACAAGAACCUGAUUACGUUCAGGGUCAUAGAUGGUGAUCUGAUGAAAGAGUACAAAAGCUUCUUGCUCACGAUCCAGGUGACCCCAAAGCAAGGAGGGCCAGGGAGUAUUGUGCACUGGCACCUUGAGUAUGAGAAAAUUAGCAACGAGGUAGCUCAUCCAGAAACUCUCCUCCAGUUCUGUGUCGAAGUCUCCAAAGAGAUCGACGAACAUCUCUUAGCCGAUGAAGAAGAGGUGAAGCAAACAGAGGCUUCUAGUUUGGUGGGGAAGCUUGAGACAGACGUGGAGAUCAAAGCGUCGGCGGAGAAGUUCCAUCACAUGUUCACUGGGAAACCACAUCAUGUCUCCAAAGCAUCUCCAGGUAACAUUCAAGCCUGUGACCUGCAUGAAGGCGAUUGGGGCACAGUAGGCUCUAUCAUCUUAUGGAAUUACGUUCAUGAUGGGGAGCCAAAGGUAGCAAAGGAGAGGAUCGAGGCGGUGGAGCCAGAAAAAAACUUGAUCACUUUUAGAGUUAUAGAAGGUGAUCUGAUGAAAGAAUACAAAAGCUUCUUGCUCACCAUCCAGGUGACCCCAAAGCAAGGAGGGCCAGGGAGUAUUGUGCACUGGCACCUUGAGUAUGAGAAAAUUAGCAACGAGGUUGCCCAUCCUGAAACUCUCCUCCAGUUCUGUGUCGAAGUCUCCAAAGAGAUCGACGAACAUCUCUUGUCCGAGGAAUAGAGGAGAGUACUCCUCCAUAUAUGUGUGCCGCCUUAAGUUCAUUAUAUGAACGAUAAUGCAAUAAAUAAGGACUAAGGUGCUAUGUCCGAGUUUGUGAGAUAUGUAAGUGUGAGAGUGCAUGAAUGUAAUCCUUUUACGUUGGAAAUUGUAACGUCAAGAAGCGACGUCUAGUAGCUAAGAUCGAUGAGGCUGCUAUAGUCCAUAAAAUAUAUAAGUAUGCAUGUUAUGUUUGCUAAUGAUAUAUGUUUGGAUUAACGAA